UGGAGUGGAGCUCCGUCAGAGGACCAGGGAGAGCGUGGUGAGGAAUCCCAGCAGCCCCCCCGGAGAGUGCGAGCCGGACCGGCUGGACCCCCUCCCCCUGCCCCCGGAGGAGGACCCGAGAGAGACCCACGUUGCCACGGGAGAGGCCUCGGUUCAGGGCUGAAGGAUGUUUACCUCGGUGAAGGCCUUUGAGGGGCAGCAGUACUCCACCCUGAAGAGGCAGUGCCUGCAGAGUGGCCUCCUGUUUGAAGACCCCCGCUUCCCCACCACUGACGACUCGCUCUUUCACCAGGGCAACAGGAUUGGACGUGUGGUCUGGAAGAGGCCUCAGGAACUGUGUGAGGACCCUCACCUGUUUGUGGAUGGCAUCAGUGCACAUGAUCUACAUCAGGGACAGUUGGGCAACUGCUGGUUUGUUGCAGCUUGUUCCAGCCUGGCAUCCAGAGAGUCUCUGUGGCAAAAAGUCAUCCCGGACUGGAAGGAGCAGGAGUGGGACACCGAAAAGCCUGACUCGUAUGCUGGGAUUUUCCACUUCCGCUUCUGGCGCUUUGGUGAGUGGGUGGACGUUGUGAUUGACGACCGGCUGCCAACAGUAGACAACCAGCUCGUCUACUGCCACUCCAAUGACAGCAACGAGUUCUGGAGCGCCCUGGUGGAAAAGGCCUACGCCAAGGUUUACGGCUGCUACGAGGCCUUGGAUGGGGGAAACACAGCAGACGCCCUGGUGGAUUUUACGGGCGGUGUUUCGGAGCCUGUGGACCUUCUAGAGGGUCAGAUGGCGACAGAUGAGGUGUCUCGUAACCAGCUGUUUGAACGAGUACUCAAGGUCCACAACAGAGACGGCCUCAUCAGCUGCUCUAUCAGGGCGACCACAGUGGAGGAUAUGGAGGCUCGGCUGGACUGCGGCUUAGUCAAAGGCCACGCCUAUGCUGUGACAGACGUUCGGAAGGUGCGGCUCGGUCACGGACUGCUGGCCUUCUUCAAAUCGGAGAAGCUGCACAUGAUCCGCAUGAGGAACCCCUGGGGCGAGAAGGAGUGGAGCGGCCCGUGGAGUGACAGCUCUGAGGAGUGGAACAAGGUGAGCAAAAGUGAGAGAGAAAAGCUUGGCGUCACCGUGCAGGAUGACGGCGAGUUCUGGAUGAACUUUGAUGACUUCUGCCAGUAUUUCACUGACCUGAUCCUCUGCCGCCUCAUCAACACCUCCUACCUGAGCAUCCACAAGACCUGGGAGGAGGAGGUGAUGAGGGGCUCCUGGAUCCACCGCCAGGACCCUCUUCGGAACCGAUCGGGAGGCUGCAUCAACCACAAGACCACCUUCCUGCAGAACCCUCAGUAUGUGUUUGACGUGAAGAAGGUGGAGGAUGAGGUGCUGAUCUGCUUGCAGCAAAAAGAGAAGAGAGCCACGCCCAAAGAAGGCAAAGGGGAAAAUCUUGCUAUCGGCUUCGAUAUCCACAGGGUGGAACUGAAUCGAAAGUACCGUAUGCACACAGCCCAGCAGAAAGUAGCCGGUUCCAUUUACAUCAACUCGCGCUGCGUCUUCCUCAGGAAGGAGCUAAUGGAAGGUCGAUACGUCAUCAUCCCCACCACCUUUGACCCCGGGCAGCAGGGAGAAUUUCUGCUCCGGGUCUUCACUGAUGUGCCUUCAGACUGCAAAGAACUGACUCUGGACGAUCCUCCUCAGACCUGUUGGACAGGGAUGUGUGGCUACCCUCAGCUGGUCACUCAGGUCCAUGUAGUGAGUGCUGAGGGGCUGCAGGGACAGGACACCAACGGAGCUGUGGAUUCUUAUGUGAUAAUCACCUGUGAAGGAGAGAGGGUUCGUUCACCAGUUCAGAAAGACACACGUUGCCCAAAUUUUGACAUCAAAGGCCUGUUUUAUCGCAAAAAGCCCAAGGAAGCCAUCCAUAUCGAGAUCUACAACAAGAACAUGAUCAUGGACACCUUCCUGGGACAGGUGGUCCUGUUCAGCGAGCCCAAUGAGCGGCAGGAGCAGCACACGCUUCACCUCCGUGACAAGGGCAGUCGCCAGGACAACGACAUCCCGGGCAUGCUCACUGUGCGCCUAUUCACCUCCACCACACUCACCAACAUCUGACGAGCUCGUUACCGAAUCUGGGGAAGCUCACCCAUCUUUCUGAGCUCACUGUCCUUCACUUUGUUUUCCCACUUUUUCUUUUUGGGGAGUUUUUCAAAAUACCUGCAUCCAUACGUGUAGGUACAAGGUGCCAUAAGGGUUAUGUUUUAACAAAUUCCUGCUAGAAUAGAAUGGAUAAUGUUAUUUAUUGUCAUAAUAUUAUCUGAAACUGGGCCACUCUACAGGUUUUGAUGCUGGAAAGCUUCAGUUAAAGGGGACCUAUUAUGCAAAAUUCACAUUUUGCACAUUUUUCUCGUUCCGUUUGGGUUUCUAAAAGCAGCGCAAGCGCUUUGAAAAACUUUUUUUGGAAAUAAAUUCAUGAGUUUCAAAAACCUCCCAAUUGUUAAGUCACAUUCCACAGGCACAGCGCCGUUGAUUAGCAACCCCACCCAGGCCCAGCUCUGUUACCUAGUAACCCUACUCCAGCACGUUUGGUCAGCUGGGUUUAACACUGCUGGAAAAGACAAGUGUAUUCUUGUUGACUUGUAACUCCACGAUCUAUUUAUCGGCUAAUUUGCUCAUGUGCUAAAAGAAAUACUUCCAAGAAAGGUAUGUUUUUUUUUUCUCUUGGUAAUCAUUGUAAUUGUAAAAAUUCAAUUUCGUUCAAUUCAAAAAGGCUUUAUUGAUCCGACAGGGAAAUGAAAUGCUGUUGAAACUAAUAUUUAUUCAAACAUUUUCACAGAGUUAUUGUAGAUGUUAUAUAUAAAUAAAUAAAUAAAUAAGAAUAAAAAUAUUUUUAAUUAUUAUAAGCUUUAAAUAAAAGUAAAUAGUACAUGUUUUAAAGAGAAUAACUAAAAAUAAGAAUAAAUACAGUAUUAUUGGAUUUUGAAAGACUUAUUUUCUAAAAAUGACCUUCCAGUAAAUGUUUGUAUCUGUGAAUCACACGUGAAGAACGAUAGAGUAAUAUUAGGAUAUAGUCUUAUACAAUUGAUUACACCUUUAGCUAAUCUCAUAAAAGAUAUGAUUGUUAUGAAAGUAAAGGUCCUUUUUUCAUCCACGAUAAGUAUCUCACAGUUCCUUCAGUCGUAUUACAUUUUUUUACUGAAUAAUGAUCUUUGAACCAAAUUAUAAAAUGUAUUAUUCAUUAAGAGAAUUAUAACAUAGUCCAGAAAAAUAGCAUAGGUAGUUUUUUAAUUAAUGUAAAUUAAUAUGUUAAUGUAUAUUUUGAGAAUGAUCCAGAAGUAUUUUCUUCAGUGCAUGCGGAAGUUAGCCAGCGGUACGGAUUGUGUUUCCUGAACAGACCGUGCAGUGGCAACGCAUUUUUGUUGGUCGUGCGGGAGGAUCCUCUUCUGCUUUUCAAAGAUACACAGUUAUAUAAUUGUGCAUCUGUUUGCGUUUUUUCAGCCUCCUGUCCCCUCUUCCUGUCAUUUAAAGUCACAGCAGGCUCUAAAACAUCUGAACUGACCACACUAAAAUCUCAUUAUCUGAGAAUGAUUUAGUGCAAAACCUGUAAUGAACCAGUAAAACUAUUGUUGAGCAGGUAAAAAAAAAAGAUCCCAAAAAACAAAUAUUUGCAUUUUAAUUUAUUGAAUUUUGUGUCCUCCAGUAGUUUAAAUUUUCCAGUUAGGGCCCCCAAAGGGAUAUCGUUUUGGUCACCCCCUGCCCUAGACCUAACCUGUUCAAAGAAGCAUAAUAGGUCACCUUUAAAUGAAUUAUCCAAAAUUAUUUACUACGAACUGAGUUUACCCUGGUCAUACAACACAUUAUGCACACAUUUCUGCACUCUCCAUGCAUGUGCCAAUCUUUCCAAGGGCUCUGCAAUGCCUUAAGGCUGAGUCGGUCUCUCCUGUUUCAGGAGACGGAGGGAGGAGUUCUGUGAAAACUGUUUUCAGUGUUAGCACCGUCUGAUCUACAGCCUUCUGUCCCCCCUUCCUGUCAGAGCUCAAUCUCCCUGCCCAGAUGCCUCAGCUCCUUGUCAGGUUGCAGCUGCUUCAGAGAGCAUCCAGCCUGAACUUUACAAAGAAAAGCCAACAGCAGCUAUUUCCUCCCUCUACCAGGAGCUUUCUUUUCCUGCGCUUACGUGUAAAGUCUUCGCCUCCCCCGUCUCCCGUCACUUCUAAACUCGCUGCCGGUUGCUCUGGACGAUCUGCAAACUGCAUGGCUUGAAAACGUUUCUGCCUGUGCUGCACAUUUUUCCAGUCGUAGCUUAGCAACCGGGGCUCCUGAUCGUUUCCCCUGUUCUCCCCAAUGUUGGAGUGCAAAGAUUCAGCUUGACAUAAACCAAGUGCUUUAUGGGACCAAAGAUGAGCCGGGCCCUUCGCUCUCUAACGUUCCGUUCAGAACCUUCUGGCCUAGCCACAAACCACCACCCCGUGUGCCACUUCAUCUCUUAAUGGCAACACCACUGCCUGAUGCUUCCUUUGACGAGAGUCCAAAGGGUCGACCCGAAAGACUCGCCGAAGACAGCGGCCGUGAUUCUGAGAAGACGCCAGCUGCGUUUCCAUUGAUUAUAAAUUAGCCUAAAGUUGCAGUAUGUAACAAACUCCAGUUGUUGGUCAUGUGACU